AUGAAGAAAUCCUUCAAGUUCCGCCUCCCCUCCAACUUGCAAUGGAUACCUGCCAACUGUACUUGGCCCAAAUGGAAGCCAGUGAUCCGUUGCGCGAUGGCGAUGUGGGUUGCUUCACUAUUAUUCCUCAUACCGCGGACGGAGAACAUGAUGGGACAGGCCAGCUUUCUGAUCCUAAUCUCUUCAAUCAUGUCCCCACCUGAAGACCCCUUUAUUGCCGUUGUGGAGCGAGAGUUCCUUAUCAUGUCCCUUACAGUCCUGGUAUGGGCAAGUUGGGUAUGCUUAGGACUCAAGCUAUCCAGCCUCGCCCGGAGACAGAUAGACACUGAAGCGAUUUUGAGCGACAUCUUCGCUGGAUCAUAUGUCGAAGCUGCCCCUACAGUCAUAAUCGGUGUCUUCAUAUUCCUUGGGAUCGUCUUCAUUCUAUUUGUAAGAGCCCGCCGCGGACCUGGGCCUUUUAUUUUCGCCACUCUAUAUGCAUGUAUCAGUCUAGACAUAUCAUUCACUACCGCAUUCCUCUUUCCGUACCCAUACUACACCGUUACCCAAGUUGUCUUCGUUCCACUCGCCCUACACUCCCUCGUCGCUAUCACCUUUGCCGCGAUAUUGUGGCCACAAACCAUAUCUUCUCAGUUCACGGGCCGACUACAGGCGGUCAUUCGACCUUUGGCCACUGCGAUGCGCCAGCAUCGAUCUAUGCUCGAGUCUCCUCCCAUCGGGACUGAUUUUGACCCGAGUCAAGUGUACACAUCUGUAGAGACAGCUGAACGCUCGCUCGCACCUUUAGCCGCUUCGGCUCGCUUGCUCGGGAUGGAUAUCAUAUACGGGCGCUUCGCACCCACGGAUUACCGACCAAUUCAAGACCACUUUCGGCGUCUGACGGCUCGCGCGAACGGUAUGAACAUGUACUUCAGGCUCCACGACCCGAACUGCGAGACGUUCCCCGCUACGCCGGCUCCGUCUAGACCAUCUACACCUCUUCCUUCCAUGCCUUCUACACCGCUCACCGCCAACUCGCGCGCCUCGUCCGUAGAGCGCAGUCCGACCGCUGGACUUGGUCUGCUUUCACCCACCGAGCCACAGCACAAUCACGAAAAAGGCGACACGUCCGCACCCAAUGGUCAUUUGAGCCGUCAAAGGAGCAGCCACCUCUCUCGAAUGUUCUCCACCAGUCAAUCCCACUCCCUUCAUGGCCCGAGACACCGACGUUGCCACAGCCACCAUCCUCCUAAUCACCACGGCCACGGUUCGCACAACAAUAGCAUAAACGGCCUCAACCUACAUGGAAACAGUCAUCAUAGGCACCACCUCUCUUACCGACAUCUUCACCGCUCGUUACAUGACCUCCUAGCCGGGCCAUCAAAGGAGGAGAUCGCGGUGGGCGUGUUCGAGAGCAACCGGUACAUGAACAUCGAGGCGGAGCACAUGAACCAUCCGAACAGGGAAGAGUAUUCCGCGCGGACAUUCGCGCUGCUCCGCGAGUGCUGCGACGACCUCCUGAAGGGGUGCGAGAAGGCGCUUGACGAGACGGCGAACUGGCUCGAGCACGUGUAUGAUAACAGGUUCAAGUUCUGGCGCCGCAAUAUGAAGGGGAGGAGGGAGGAGCGCAGGAGGGAGAAUGUGGAGAAGUUUGAGGUGAUGCUGCAGGAGCUGGCGAGGACGAUUGAGGAGUUCAAGAGCUCGAAGCGGUACAACGUCAUCGAUCCUUAUCGUCCGCUGUUCGAGACUGUGGACGAUAGCUCUUCAAUCAACCUGGAGUACGAUGCUCCGCCUCAUCGCUACCUCUUUCAUUGCUAUGUAUACCAGUACCAUCUGAUGGAGGUGGCUGGGAUACUGCAGGAAAUCCUCAAGGAGAUAAUCCGCCUUGAAAAGACUCGCAAGAGAAAUAAGCUCUGGGUGCCUAUCUUCAAGCUCAUACGCCCUUUUAGCGCAUGGGACACGUCAGAUAUGCUUGAUGACAAUGAAGAAGAUCCUGAUAUCAUCCCUGGCAUGAAACCGCAAUGGAUGUCGGACUUGGGCGAGGUACGGCGGCGCGAUCCCGACGCGCUGCCUCCGUCCAACUGGAUGGAACACAUCAUGAACUGGAUCUACCGCCGCGCUCUUGGCUUUACGGGCGGCAACUUCUUGUUCGCGCUCAAGGCGGGCGUGCUCACUAUCAUCUUGUGCUUGCCAUCCUUCCUCAAGUCAUCUGCGGCAUUUGCAUACAGGAACAAGUUUGCUUGGGGAAUUAUUAUGGGUCAGCUCACUACGGCCCGGUUCCGCGGUGACACCGCGUUCGGUCUCGUCGCCCGUAUUAUCAGCACAUUCUGCGGCGGGAUUGUCGGAACUGUCAUCUGGUACAUCUCCACUGGUUUGGGGCGCGGCAACCCUUACGGUCUCGCGGCUGUUUUCGCUGUGGUUUUCCCGUUCCUAUUCUAUGCGCGGUUGUACUGGCCGGUGCCGUCGAUGGUCAACCUCGUCUUCUUCGUCACGUCGAUGCUCGUCGUCGGUUACUCGUAUCAGGACGAACACCUGUACACGGCCUCGGCGCCCGGGUUUGGGAUCGACGUCGCGUGGCGCCGGUUCGUGCUUGUUACGAUUGGCGUUGUUGCUGCUGCGAUAUUCUCGUUCCUCCCGCCGUCGUGUACGAUCCGGGCGUACCAGCGCCGCGCGCUCGCGACGACUGCGGGCGAGCUGGGCGGUAUUUAUUGCUCGAUCGUGUCGUAUGCGAACGUGCGCCGCGGGACGAAUGUGCAGCAGAUCGUGCAGAGUCUGAUUGCUAUUCGGGCAAAGCUGAACCGCACGAUUGCCCUCAAGACUAACGUUGGUUACGAGAUAUCGUUGCGAGGCAAAUGGCCAGCGGAGCGGUACAAGAAGAUUGUUGAGCUUCAGCUGGAGAUCGCGUACCUUUUAUCUCACCUCAUGUCUGUAGUCGAGCAUCUCGAGCCGGCAUGGUCGCACGCAUUCCUGCAACGGACGCGCAUGCUCGACUCGGACUUCCAGGGAGACGUUCUCGCUGUCAUAAGCAUGAUCACGACCUCGCUCAAGACAGGAAAUCCACUCCCACAGAUCACGCCGUGUCCGCUACUGCAUCGCUACUCACAUCGGCAGCACGGGCUCAAUGUCGUGCACGAGCAGAGCGAGGAGGACUACGGGCUGCCACGGACGCUCAAGCUCGAUACGCUCGAGAAUAUACAGUACUUGGUAUUCUCCGUCGGCGUAUCGACGACGUUCAGCAUCUUCUUGAGGCUGGAUAGGCUUAUGGUCGCGGUGAAACAGCUCGUCGGCGAGCAGUACCACAUCCACGGCGUCGGCGCGCAUCACCCCGGCAGCAGUGCUACGAGUGUGCGGCGCGCGGACGGGUCGGGCAUCGAGAUGACGCCGACGCCAACGAUGGGGUCGCAUCUCGUCUGA